UGGGAUCUUUCCAGACCAGGGGACCAGGGCUCGAACGUGUGUCCCCUGCAUUGGCAGGCGGAUUCUUAACCACUGCACCACCAGGGAAGUCCGGGGAUAGAGUUCUUUGUGGGGGUGGGUGCCUGCUACCUCCCGCAUCCUGGCUCGGAGCUCGGGGGGUUCCCACCCUCUGCCACACUUUACGGAGAUGCACACUGAGGCUCCACUACCCUGCUUCACAACUCCCCAGGGGCUGUCUUUUCAGCCCCUGCUGCCGACAUGGUGUCUACACGUGCCUGCCCUUCCUUUCUCGAGUAGCUGGUCCCCCAGGUCUCUGUCCACACGACCUGGAUCACCGGAGACGGAAUCCCAGGCUUUUCUUUCCAUGGCCCUCCUACACCUGCUUCAGUACAGCUGGAGCUCUAGGCCUGCCUGCACCCCACACCCGUCUACACCUAUUCCUCUUCUACCAGGAGGGUGUUAGGGCUCAGACUCUCUCUACAACUUCAGGUGGCUGUCUUUGCUACCCGUCCCAAUUGCCAGUGUCCCACAUUGCCCAGCCCCCUCUCUGGAAGUCGCCUGUCCCCUGAGACUUAACGCUAGUUUGGUCCCUGACAGAUGUGGGUGAGUUCGCAUCUAAGUAGCCUAGCGCUUCCCCGCCCCCACCCCUUUCCUGGAAGCCAGAAGCUGCGACGUCACUUGCAGGUGUCAGCUGCCCCGCCCCUCCUCUCUCCGCCUUAAAGGGGUCGCGUCUCCCGAGGCUUCCCAGGGGCGUAGAUAGCACCUCGGCGGGACCCGUGAGGGCUCCGUGGCCGCGGUGCGGGAGGUGGGUGUCCGGAUCCUAAUCCUGCCCUUCUGGCGUGGUGUGGCUCUUGGCCUCCGUUUUCUCGGCCUGAGAAGUGGGGACGCCCGGAUUCCUCGCACUGAAGCAGGCGCUCAGGAGGCAUCUUCCAGGCCCGGGAAGGGGGUGGGGCGGCAGCCCAGACGAGCCGCUUCACCCACCGGUUUCUCGGACCCCGCCCGCCCCACCCCCACGAUGACAGCCCACAUCCUCCUGCUGUUGCUCCUCGCCUCCUCCACCCUGGGGGACCCGGACUCCGCGGGCAGGCGGCCCCAGCGCCAGGUCUCCCAGCAGCACAGGCACCUCUGUUCACUGGGCACGUGCCAGACGCACCGCCUGCCAGAGAUCAUAUACUGGCUCCGCUCUGCCUCCACCAAGGAGCUCUCAGGGAAGGCGGGCCGCAAGCCUCAGGAUCCCCACAGCUAUGGGCGCCGCCGGCGGCGCGCGGCCAGACUCCUGCUGCGUCUCCAGGACCCCAGCCUGAGGCAAGGAGGCCAGCGCAGUGCCCGGCUCUCUGGGUGAUGUUGGGCACAUCUCUGCUCGUCCCCUGGCUUCAGUCUACCCAUCUGUGUAUCGGGGCCGUGACCCCAAGUUUCUUUUCCCCUAACUCCACCUCCUGGGCU